GGGCUGAAGGAGAAAGAUAUCAUUCACAAAUUGCCCGGACAACCCCCGGUUAGUUUCAAACAAUAUGGUGGAUAUAUCACCAUCAAUGCCACUGUUGGUCGUGCCCUUUAUUAUUACUUCACUGAAGCCCAGGAUACAAUGGUGGCUAAGGAUUUGCCCCUUCUCCUUUGGCUUGCAGGAGGUCCUGGUUGUUCUUCACUUGGCAUUGGAGCAAUGCAAGAACUUGGACCAUUCAGGGUUGGGAGCGAUGGCAAAACACUGUACAAGAAUCAAUAUGCCUGGAAUCAUGUUGCGAAUGUUCUGUUCCUGGAAUCUCCAGCAGGGGUUGGAUUUUCAUACUCCAACACAACGUCAGAUUUUAUGAAGGUUGGGGAUAGAAAAACUGCUGCGGACAAUUACAUUUUCAUAUUAAAUUGGCUUGAGAGGUUUCCCGAGUACAAAAAUAGAGAUUUUUACAUUGCUGGAGAGAGCUAUGCUGGUCAUUAUGUACCUCAGUUAGCACAUAAUAUUGUUUACCACAACAAGAAGGCCAACAGGACAAUCAUUAACCUGAAAGGAAUUCUGGUUGGAAAUGCACUCAUCAACGACGAGACAGAUACUUUAGGCCUGAUUGAUUACUUUGCAAGCCACGCUUUGAUUUCCUCUGAAUCUUCAAGAAAACUACACAAUUGUAAUUUCUCAUCGAAUGCCGAGACAUCUGACGAGUGCAAUGAUAUCGUAAAAAAGCUUAAAAAUAUUGCAGGAGAUAUUAAUAUCUACAGUAUCUAUUAUCCUCUGUGCUUGGAUGGCAACUUGACCAGCAUCCCUAAGAGGUUUUCGAUAAUGGAGUUCGAUCCAUGCACUGUGUAUUAUGUUUAUUCGUACUUGAACCUUCCUGAAGUUCAAGAAGCAAUCCAUGCUAAUGUCACCAAAUUAUAUUAUGAUUGGCAACCAUGCAGUGAAGUUCUUAAACACUGGGAAGAUAGUCCAUCUACGGUUCUUCCAUUCAUUCAAGAGUUGAUGGAGAAUGGAGUUCGUGUGUGGAUAUUUAGUGGUGAUGUCGAUGGAAGGAUGCCAGUUACCAGUACACAAUAUUCCAUAGAGGUGAUGAAUGUUACAACUUUAAAUCCCUGGCACGCUUGGUAUCGAGAUGGGGAGGUUGGUGGAUAUGUUCAAGAGUAUAAAGAUAAUUUGACUUUUGUAACAGUUAGAGAUGCUGGUCAUGAAGUGCCAAGUUACAAACCUGAUCGAGCACUGUCACUUGUUUCACACUUUAUUGCUGGGACUCCUCUCCCUAAACAAUAA